ACGUCUAGUAUAAAGGGAAUAACAUGGUGCCGCUGAGUGCAUGUUUACGUUAAAAGCGAACGAGUUUACGUGUACAGCUCCCUUUUAUAGAUUAGUUUUUAAAAUUCACCCUGAAAUUUGAUAUGUAAUUGCCUAACUCCUCAUGUGCCACUUGUCCCAAUGGAAAGGGGCUUUCAGUUCGGAAACGUGUGCAUAUCCUUGGUGCUGCUGCUGCUUAUUUUGAUAACGUUAACGGGCACUUUGCAAAGUCAGUCUCUCUCGGAGAGAGAACUCGAAGCGGUGUCGACGCCGAACACGGAGGGGGCAGAAGAUGCUGCCGUUAUGGAGCGGGUAGUGGAAAACGUUAGAGGAGCCCCGGGCAUUGGAGAAGUGACCGUGGAGGACGACGAGUACGACUCGACCGGAGACAGCGAAGAACCGUCUGGAGACAGCGACGCAAACUUUCAUCGGCGCAGAAGGGCUCUGGUGAUCAUCAGCACUUUGGAUGGGAGAAUCGCAGCUCUGGAUCCUCUAAACCAGGGACGCAAACAGUGGGACCUGGAUGUUGGAUCAGGCUCUCUAGUGUCCUCUAGCCUCAGCAAACCAGAGAUUUUUGGGAAUAAGAUGUUCAUUCCAUCUCUGGAUGGAGCUCUGUUCCAGUGGAACAGAGACAGGGAGAGUAUGGAGGCUGUCCCAUUCAGUGUCGAGUCCCUCCUAGACUCUUCAUACCGCAUCGGAGAGGAUACUGUGCUGGUAGGGGGCAAGUCCCUCACCACGUAUGGCCUGGGCGCAUACAGCGGCAAGCUGAAGUAUAUCUGUUCAGCGGUGGGCUGCAGUCGGUGGGGAGAGGAGGAAGGAGAGCCAGAGGACGGGCUGUUACUCCAGAAAACACAGAAAACAGUCAGAGCAGUGAGACCUCGCAAUGGCUUUGAGAAAUGGAACUUCAGUGUGGGAAACUUUGAGCUGAAAUUUGUCCCUGGAAUCCAGUCCAACCUCAACUUCCUGGAGGGGGAGGCGUCUAAUGGGGAGACCUGGCGUGAGGUCAGACAUGAAGCACAGCGCGUAAUCCAGGGGGAGACUGAUGCACAAACCAAAAAGCAUGCUAAUACACAUUCAAAUCCACACACUCAGGUAGAGGGCUUAGACUUGAUCAUCAAAGUUUCUGUGCCAGACUGGAAGGUCAUGGCCUUCAACACAAAACCAGAAGGACAACUGAUCUGGGAGCAUCAGUUUUGCACACCCAUUGCCUCUGCGUGGUUGGUGGGAGGGGGCAAGGUGAUGCCCAUCAGCCUGUUCGAUGACACCUCCUAUACCCCCCACUCUGAGACCGAGACUCAGGAGGACGAUGACAUCAUGGAGGAGGCCCGAGAGGACACAGAGUCUAGCGUAUACUUGGGGAUGUUUCAGGGUCAGCUAUACCUUCAGUCCUCAGUGAGAAUCUCAGAGAAGUUUCCAUCAAAGCCUAAAGCUCUAAACGGUCGGGGCACCAAUUCAGGCAUGAUACCACCACCUACCGUCAAAUGGAAACCCCUCAUCCACUCACCCUCCCGUACUCCAGUCCUGGUGGGCUCAGAGGAGUUUGAUAAAUGUCUGAACAAUGAUAAAUUUUCUCAUGAGGAGUACAGCAAUGGAGCUCUGUCAAUACUGCAGUAUCCGUAUGAUAAUGGAUACUACUUUCCAUACAGUCCUCGUUACCGCAGUCGUCGUGAUGAGACAGCAGUGAGUGUUUUGCUAAAGAAAGAUAGAGGGGAGUCACAGGUGAGAAGAAAAGAUCCUGUGCUGCUGCUGCCGUGGUGGAAAGAGAUUCUGGGUACAAUCAUCUUCUGCAUCGCCGCCACCACCUACAUCGUCCGCAAGUUCUUCCAUCCACCCACAACAUACGUGCGGCAAAGGAAGGAGUCUGAGACACAGUGUCAAACCGACUGCAAAUUUGAACUGGACAUUACAGAGCCCAAAGAAGUUGUCAUCACAGAGACUCGUCCUAGUGAAUAUGUCUCCAGAUACCUGACAGACUUUGAGCCGGUGCAGUGUUUGGGACGUGGUGGAUUUGGUGUUGUGUUUGAGGCACGCAACAAAGUAGACGAUUGCAACUAUGCCAUUAAGAGGAUCCGUCUACCCAACAGGGAGUUGGCCCGUGAGAAGGUCAUGCGAGAGGUGAAGGCUCUAGCUAAGCUGGAACACCCAGGCAUCAUCCGUUACUUUAAUGCCUGGCAGGAGAGUCCGCCCCAGGGCUGGCAGGAGGACAUGGAUAAACGCUGGCUCAAAGACGCUAGUACCGCUGACUGGCUGCUGAGCUCUCCCGACCACAUGGAAGCAUUCUCAGUCAAGGUUCCUGUGGCCACUCUCUCUCCACUGGACUCCUUGUGCAUGUGCGCGGCUGAUGGGAAUACGAGUGUGUGCGCUGGCGAUCAGGUGUGUGUGGAGGGUCUGGGGCCGGACAGUAUGAUGUCAGAGCGAGACAGUCAGGCCGACCCAGACGCUGUCCUGGAGGCCUACGAUUCCCCCCACUCCUUCGAGCUCUGCCCUCCCCGCACAGUUGCUCACGGCGACUGCACUUCCUCCUCCUUUGAUAUUGUCUUUGAGGACUCAGGCUGUGAACACCAGGACAAUGACAGUGACUUCAGCGGAAGCACACCUGUGCCACCUGCAUGCCCUUCAUGGUCUGGUUCCAAACCCCAGUGUAGUACACCAUCCGGGCCGCCCUCUUCAUUACCUCCACGGCCCACCUCUCUGAGCCUGGUCCCCAGCACCCCCUGCCCUGCUGUGCGGCCCCUGCUCACACCUAAAGUCUACCUGUACAUUCAGAUGCAGCUGUGCAGGAAGGAGAACUUGAAGGACUGGAUGGCCCAGAGAUGUUUGCCUGAACUCAGGGAGCAUGCACAGUGUCUGGACAUCUUCCUGCAGAUUGCAGAGGCUGUGGAUUUCUUACAUAGCAAAGGACUUAUGCACAGAGAUCUUAAGCCUUCUAAUAUCUUCUUCACAAUGGAUGACGUGGUAAAGGUAGGAGACUUCGGACUGGUAACUGCCAUGGAUCAGGAAGACGACGAUGAGGAGCUGAGUUCCCUUACGCCGAUGCCAAUCUAUGCCCGUCACACUGGCCAAGUGGGCACCAAACUCUACAUGAGCCCUGAGCAGCUGUCUGGGAAUUCUUAUUCCCAUAAGGUGGACAUUUAUUCCCUCGGACUGAUUCUUUUUGAGCUGCUCUAUCCGUUCCGCACACAGAUGGAGAGAGUCAGGACACUCACAGAGGUCAGAGCCCUGCAGUUUCCUGCUGUUUUCUAUAAGGCCAAUGUCCAGGAAGCUCAAAUGGUACACUGUAUGCUGUCUCAAGUGCCCGCAGAGCGGCCGGAGGCAUCAGAAAUCACAGAGGCCCCUGUGUUCCAGGAGCUGGAGGUGCCCUGCAGAAUGAGACAACGCACUCGGACGUACAGCGCAUCGUCUGCAGGACGACCAUCACGACAGAUAUCCUCAUCAAACUAGAACUCCCACUCAAAGACAUCCAUAUACUGUGCCUCAUCUACAGGACAACAAACACAAGCAGUCACCACCUCUUGGCACACACAUCAAUCAGACUUCAUUGUACUGACAGUCACUUUUGUUCCAGAAACUUCCAUUUGGACAACUAAUCAUUCAACAAACUACUAAAACAGGAGUCACACACCGCAAGCACACACAUUAAACCUCAUGGUAACUAUAAAUGAAGAUACUGCCCACUGCAUCCAUUCUCAACUGGCCAAUCAAGGCCUAUUUGCCAAGAGUGAUCGACAUCCACCUUUAGCAGCUUGAGUUAUUUAAAAUAAGGCUCCUUUUAACUCAUCGUUGACCAAUCACAAUUCCUUGCUGUACUCCCAGAUGUACUAUUCUUACACACCCACACACACUUGUUGAAGGAGAGUUGUUGUUUAUCCAGUGCUAAUGAAUGCUGAUGAAAGACCUGCCUUUUGACGCUGUUCACUCUGCAUGUCUUAAACAGGAAGUUGUGCAAUAUGUGCCCUCCUGUCCAAACAGAAAUUGUAUCGAGUUAUUUCUCUUCUGUAAUGUUAAUAGGUUUAAAUACCAAGUAAGCAAGAGAGGCUUUGUGUGCUUUAAAGGUGCUCGUUUCAGACUGAACGCACAAGUUAUAAGGCAUUCUAGCCACUCGCAGUUACUGAUAAAUGGUGUUAGUGGCUUAGGUGUGCACUACUUGAUGAAUCUGAAACUGCAUAUUGCUGAGUGGAAGUGAAGAUUUUUAAACUGCCUUUAAAGCUGGACUUUAACGAGACACUUAUGGUCAGUAUGAGGCUUCUGCGCCAUCAGAGUAAGUGACUUAGAAUUGAAUCAGGAGUGGUUUGAAAUGCAGACUGUAAAAACCAUUCUGUAAAAUACUUAAUAUCUUAUAGCACCCAGAAAAGUAGUUUACUGUAUCUCUAAUCAUUUGUUAUGAUUUCUGAAUAAGAAGUGCUUUGACUAAUCACAUACACAAUAUGAAGAAUCACUUCAACCAAAUAUUCAGCACACACCCUUAAUUGUAACAUAUCAGGUAAUGACUGAUUGUAGGAUUUUUCAUAUCAGUUUUGAAUAAGGGAACCAAUGUAAUUUUCUUUUUGUAUAUGAUGGAAUUUCCUGUAUAGUAACUGCUUUUUACACAACUUUUUUUCAACGUCUAUGGACCUUUUUUCCUAAGAAUUGCUGUCAAAGGUGUUGAGUUUGAGAGUGAAUGGAGACUGAUCUCUGUGGUGAUGGAUUGGAUCUCUAAGGUCUCUAAAAGACAUAUGGAAGAGCACUUGGUGCCUCUGGACCUUUAGGAGCAGCCUCUGUGCGAAUACUGGCGUGUUUCCUGAAUUGGCCAUUAUGCUGCAGAACGGACAUGAGAUUACGACCUCUGACCCUUAAUCACGAUCACAUGACGCUUUGUGCUGUAAUCCACGUCAGGGACCACUUUGUGAAUCCUUCAUCUUUUAACCUUUUGCUGUGAACCUGACUCUGUAAAGACAACCAAGAGUGCUAAUCCUGAUUGUUCAGAUCACUGUGGCUACAGGGCAAGCCCUUCCAACAGAACUUUCCCUGUCACAAAUGACAUCUCUCUGUUUAGAUUCAUUUUAUUGAUGGCUGUUUUGAUCACGGCCAGCCCUUUUCAUAAUUGCAAAUGUAGCUUUUGCUUUUGACACAAUUCAAUUUCAGUCAUGUUCAUCGGCUGUUUUCUGUUUUGUUUUUCCUGUGAUGGUUAAAAUCCCAGUUUCAAUCCUUAAGCCCAGCUAUCUGUUCAGUUGUCUAUGUAAAUAUGUUUAUUUGCUUUUAUUUAUGUUGACUGUUAAAAUCAAUCUGUUGGAUUGGUUGAGCUAUAAAUAAGGUAUAUGAAUGCACUUCAUCCGGUGGAGUGCGUUGAAAUAUUGUGACUUCUUACAAGUCAGAAUUUAAUAAACGUUCUAUGAUGUU